AAAUCGUGUAGCCGUCUUAAAAAUACAAAUACGCUAAUUUGUUUUGGAAAAUGAAAUGAUAAAUUUAAUGUUUAUUUGAGUUUAGGGGUGGGGUUCGAAGCGCGCGCCAUGGUGCGGUGGAAGUAUUGCCUGGUGCUGGCGCUGUUGCUCCUGCGGACCGACGCCAAGGACGACGAAGAUGAUGAAGAAAGUGAGGAAAGCGAUGACGAGGAGGAAGACGAGGCGGACGACUCCGAGGAGGAAGAGGAACGUUCGGACACGUUGGAUAUACCUCCGGGCCGGCGGACGCGGGUGUUAGGGCCACCGCCGAGCCCAGAGGGCGCUACCCCCACCAGGAUAACGAAGAGGGCUCCCCUCGAGUGCUACGUGUGUGGUUACAGAAGCGAGAUGCCGCUACGGUCGUGCCUUGAUCCUGCAAAAUACAGGGUUCAUUCAGUGACAUGUCACAACUUGGAGGACAAGUGCUUCACAACAGUGAUAUCAAAGGACAAGGCGUACGUGGCCGUCAUCCGCGGCUGCCGUACCGGCUGCGUCGGCUCUCCGGACACUACUUGCUGUGAGCGAGACCGCUGCAACAACCAAGCGUUCGCGAUGCCCAUUGUACCGCGCGCGCUCUCCGAUAGCUCGGAACCGGCGGCUCCGUUAUCCUCCAUCGCUGCCCAAACCACGCCUUCCAACGUGCUGUUCUUCGUCACGGUACUGCUGCUUCUGCAGACGGUGGUCAAGGUGGCUAUUGUGUAAUAAAUACAAAAUGUUGGCAAUGUAGUGCCGAGCGCGCACAUACCUUUUUCAUCCACCGCUGCCAAAAGCAUUC